AGGAUGCGAUUUGCGAGAAAAUACGUUGUAUGAAUCAAGUCCACUACAAUUCGUAAAACUAUAUAAAUGAGAAUAAAGUUACAUGUUUGAGUUUCUGUCCUAACGUAAUCUGUCAUAAAACUUGUUAUGCGAUUGAUGAUGAACUAUGGCAAAUAUGGUUUGGCGUCAGAGCGCAUGGUCUAAAGUGGCUGUGAUAACUCAGGAUUCUGAAAGUUCUUGUUCCUAUAAUUGGAAAAUUUUUACCCUAUGCGCUCCUAAAGUUUUGGCAUUGAAUUUUCUCUGUCAUUUUCCCUGCCCCUAUAGGUUCAAGGAUUUCACCUACAUACUGGAGGUUAGCAGAUAAAAAUGCUAGAACCUAUUAAACAUGUCCUCAACAGUCAAAGGAUUGUGUUGGCAAGUACAUCACCAAGGCGUCAAGAGAUACUAAGCAGUAUAGGUUUAAAUUUUGAAAUUUGUGGCUCCAGGUAUGAGGAAAAUUUAGACCCAUCACAGUUUCCUGACCCCUCACAUUUUGUUUUGGAAACAGCUUACAAUAAAGUUAUGGAAGUAGUAGACCGAUUGAAAACAGACUCUAGGCCACCUGAUUUAAUAAUAGGUGCAGAUACAGUUGUUUCACUAGAUGGAAAAAUUUUUGGUAAACCAAAAACCAAAGAAAAUGCAUUUCAAACUCUUGAAAAGCUUAGUGGAAGACCACACACUGUGUACACAGGAAUAAUUCUAGUCAAAAAGGAUAAAGUUGUGAAAUUUUGUGAAAGCACCAAAGUUUACUUUGGUCACCUUACACCUGAGAUAAUCAGUGGCUACGUAAAAACAGGAGAGCCAAUGGAUAAAGCUGGAGGCUAUGGGAUUCAAGGUCUGGGAGGAAGUUUAAUUGAAAAAAUAGAAGGAGAUUAUUAUACGGUUAUGGGACUACCUUUGCAUUCAUUGUGUAAACACAUCCUUUCUCUUUAUAAAGAUGCAGAAGUUUCAUAGUAUAUAACCACUCUUUUGAGGUCAUUGCUUAUUUCACAUUGCCUGAGCCUAUGCAAGUGUAAGUGAUAUUUUAUAGAGUUGAUAUAUGUGAUGUACAAAUUUUUGCUGUUCAGCCAAUUGAUGUGAGUGAGUUUAUGAUUAUCAAGAACAAGAAUCACAACAAUACAUUUCUU